AAUCAAGAACCUCCAGUUUCCAAAUGUAGAAAUUAUAUUGAUAGGUAUAUUGGAAAAAUUAUGUCAAGUGCGACACUCGAGAGUCCAGGCUAUAAAGCUCUCGGCUCUCCAAUUAUUUCUCUCUCUGUGUGAUCAGAGGUUAGGGUUCUUGGCCAUUGCUCGUCUCCUCCUCCUUUUCACCUGAUUUGGUUGGCUGGGUCAUCAUGUUUGAGAACGGAAUUGGUAAAGAAGAGAAGGAGCCUUUCCUUGAUCAUCAAAUUUUGGAUGCAAAUGCCUCUUUGGUAAAUGCUGAUCAUGGGCAACCUGCACCAUUAACUUGGCAUAGGAAACUAAGCAAUCAUGCAUAUGAACUGCCAGAGUUCACUCUCACUAUGCGAGAAAAGCUGCAACUGGCUUCUUUAGGUAUUAGAUUGGGGCGUCACAUCGUGAAAGAAACAUCAAAAGGGCGGGUUUCAUUUGUUGAUCCCUUGAAAAAACGUAUUGCUACAUCUUGUCAGGCUGUUCCCUUAGGUGGCAUUGGUGCAGGAAGUAUUGGAAGGAGCUACAAGGGUGAUUUUCAACGCUGGCAGCUGUUCCCUGGAAGAUGUGAAGAUAAACCUGUAUUAGCAAAUCAAUUUUCUGUAUUUAUUUCACGCUCAGAUGGUACAAAAUAUUCUGCUGUGCUGUCCCUUGGGAACCCAGAAGCUCUCAAAGCAAAUAACAUUUCAGGAGUUGGAUCUUGGGACUGGAACCUGAAUGGACAGAAGUCUACCUACCAUGCUCUUUAUCCAAGGGCCUGGACUGUAUUUGAUGGGGAACCUGACCCAGAUCUUAAAAUAAUAUGUCGUCAGAUUUCACCAUUUAUUCCCCACAAUUAUCAGGAAAGCAGCUAUCCUGUUUCAGUAUUUACUUUCAUGCUAAUCAAUUUGGGGAAGACUGCUGCAAAAGUAACCUUGCUAUUUUCAUGGGCUAAUUCUGUGGGUGGCAACUCUGAGUUUUCUGGAUAUCAUUUCAAUUCCAAAAUGAUAGAAAAAGAUGGUGUGCAUGGAGUACUUUUACAUCAUAGAACUGCAGAUGGGAAACCUCCAGUAACAUUUGCAAUAGCAGCACAACAGACAGCUGAUGUUCAUGUCUCUGAAUGUCCAUACUUUUUGAUAUCUGGAAGCAGUGAUGCAUUUACAGCAAGAGACAUGUGGCAUGCAAUUAAGGAGCAUGGAUCCUUUGACCACCUUGAUUCAAUCACAACAUCAGCAUGCUCUGAACCAGGAUCAUCUAUUGGAGCCGCUGUUGCAGCUUCUGUGACACUUUCUCCACAAGCGACCCAUAGUGUGACAUUUUCUUUGGCAUGGGCUUGCCCUGAAGUAAAGUUUCCUUGUGGAAAGAUUUAUCACAGGCGCUACACCAAAUUUUAUGGUACUGAUGGUGAUGCAGCAGCAAGUCUUGUACAUGAUGCUAUCAUGGACCAUGCUUCCUGGGAGUCGCAAAUUGAAGAAUGGCAAAGACCUAUAUUGCAAGACAAGAGGCUUCCAGCAUGGUACAAAAUCACUCUUUUCAAUGAACUAUACUAUCUUAAUGCUGGAGGAACAAUUUGGACAGAUGGGUCACCGCCAAUCCAGAGCUUAGCAAGCAUUGAAGGAAGGAAAUUUUCCCUUGAUAUGCUAAAUGGAGAUUUUGAGAACAUGUCUGGGAUCUAUGCACGAAACAAUACUGCAGUGGACAUCCUUGAUAGGAUGGCAUCAAUACUUGAAAAAAUACAUGCACCUAUUUCAUCAAAUUCAGCUUUUGGAACAUCAUUGCUCCAGGAAGAAGAAAAUAUUGGCCAGUUUCUCUAUCUUGAAGGGAUAGAAUAUUGCAUGUGGAAUACAUAUGAUGUCCAUUUCUAUUCCUCUUUUUCUUUGAUCAUGCUAUUUCCAAAACUUGAACUCAGCAUUCAAAGAGAUUUUGCUGCAGCAGUAAUGAUGCAUGACCCCGAGAAGGUCCAAAUUCUACAUGAUGGCAGGUGGGCUUCAAGAAAGGUUCUUGGUGCUGUGCCUCAUGACCUUGGACUAUAUGACCCAUGGUUCAAAGUGAAUGCUUAUAAUCUUUAUAACACAGACAGGUGGAAAGAUUUGAACCCCAAAUUUGUGCUACAAGUUUAUAGAGACACAGUAGCUACUGGUGACAAAUCCUUUGCACAAGCUGUCUGGCCUUCAGUAUACAUGGCAAUGGCAUACAUGGAUCAGUUUGAUAAGGAUAAAGAUGGGAUGAUAGAAAAUGAAGGCUUUCCUGAUCAGACUUAUGAUGUUUGGUCGGUGACUGGUGUGAGUGCCUACAGUGGAGGACUUUGGGUGGCUGCUUUACAGGCUGCAUCAGCCAUGGCACGUGAAGUAGGUGACAAAUCCUCAGAAGAACUUUUCUGGAACAAAUAUCAAAAGGCAAAAUCUGUGUAUGAGAAGCUGUGGAAUGGUUCUUACUUCAAUUAUGACAAUAGUGGUGGCAAGACAAGCUCAUCUAUCCAAGCAGAUCAAUUGGCUGGACAAUGGUAUGCUAAAGCAUGUGGUCUUAUGCCAAUUGUUGAUAAAGAGAAAGCACAAAGUGCACUUGAAAGAGUUUUCAGUUUCAAUGUUUUGAAGUUCAAGGAUGGAAAGAGAGGAGCAGUUAAUGGGAUGAGGCCAGAUGGUACUGUUGACAUGUCCGCAAUGCAAUCGAGAGAGAUAUGGCCUGGUGUGACUUAUUCGGUUGCUGCUUCUAUGAUACAAGAAGGCAUGGUAGAAAUAGGAUUUAGAACUGCACAAGGGAUCUAUGAUGCUGCUUGGUCUCAGGAAGGACUUGG